CCCGCAAUUCCACGCAUGCGCGUUACGGAUCCGACAAUUGGCGCUGCAUGCCGUUGUCCAGCGGAGGCAAGUACAGUGUCCGUCUCUCUUCAGCGCAGACAGCAUCAGCAGAAAAAGAACAAAAUGCGCGAGUGCAUCUCCAUCCACGUUGGUCAGGCUGGUGUCCAGAUUGGAAAUGCCUGCUGGGAGCUGUACUGCCUUGAGCACGGUAUUCAGCCUGAUGGACAGAUGCCUAGUGACAAAACCAUUGGUGGAGGUGAUGAUUCCUUCAACACCUUCUUCAGCGAGACAGGAGCUGGCAAGCAUGUCCCCAGGGCAGUGUUUGUGGAUCUGGAGCCCACUGUGAUCGAUGAGGUUCGCACUGGCACUUACCGUCAGCUCUUCCACCCUGAGCAACUGAUUACUGGAAAGGAGGAUGCAGCCAACAACUACGCUCGUGGGCAUUACACCAUUGGUAAGGAGAUCAUCGACCUGGUGCUUGACAGACUCCGCAAACUGGCUGACCAGUGCACUGGUCUCCAGGGAUUCCUGGUUUUCCACAGCUUUGGAGGUGGAACUGGAUCUGGUUUCACCUCCUUGCUGAUGGAGCGUCUCUCUGUUGACUAUGGCAAGAAGUCUAAGCUGGAAUUCUCCAUCUACCCAGCUCCACAAGUGUCCACCGCUGUGGUGGAGCCCUACAACUCUAUCCUGACCACUCACACCACUCUCGAGCACUCUGACUGUGCUUUCAUGGUAGAUAACGAGGCCAUUUAUGACAUCUGCCGUAGAAACCUUGAUAUUGAACGUCCCACAUACACCAACCUAAACAGGUUAAUAGGCCAGAUUGUGUCCUCCAUCACAGCUUCCCUUCGAUUCGAUGGUGCCCUGAAUGUUGAUCUUACUGAGUUCCAGACCAACUUGGUGCCCUACCCUCGUAUCCACUUCCCUCUGGCCACCUAUGCCCCAGUGAUCUCAGCUGAGAAAGCUUACCAUGAGCAGCUUUCAGUUGCAGAGAUCACCAAUGCUUGCUUUGAGCCAGCCAAUCAAAUGGUCAAAUGUGACCCACGUCAUGGCAAAUACAUGGCCUGCUGCUUGCUGUACCGUGGUGACGUCGUACCUAAAGACGUCAAUGCUGCCAUCGCCACCAUUAAGACCAAGCGUACCAUUCAAUUUGUGGACUGGUGCCCAACUGGCUUUAAAGUUGGUAUCAACUACCAGCCACCCACUGUGGUGCCCGGUGGAGACCUUGCCAAGGUCCAGAGAGCUGUGUGCAUGCUUAGCAACACCACAGCUAUUGCAGAGGCUUGGGCCAGGCUCGACCACAAGUUCGACCUGAUGUACGCUAAGCGUGCCUUUGUGCACUGGUAUGUAGGAGAGGGUAUGGAGGAGGGAGAGUUUUCUGAGGCCAGAGAGGACAUGGCUGCCCUGGAGAAGGAUUAUGAGGAAGUUGGUGUUGAUUCUGUUGAGGGAGAAGGAGAGGAGGAGGGAGAGGAGUAUUAGAUUUCCUAGUCUUUCUACAGUACGUCUUUUAGGUUAGAACUGUUAAUUAUGUCUCAGACAAAUAUCUCUGUCUUUUGCUAGCAGUAUGAUGUGAUACCAGAAGAAGUAUUAACACUACAGCUGGUAUUAGGUUCUCUGUAAUCCUGAAAUCCUUAAACUGUUUGACAAUGAAGGUCAUUGUUGUCAUUCUGCCUUUAUGUAAUCACUAUUUGCUGUGAAAACCCAAUAAAUCUUUGAAAAGAA